GAAGAGCAGCUGAGCGGCCGUGAGCGGAGAGGCAACCCCCAGAGCUUCGAAUUUCUUCUCUAGUAUUUUUUUUUUCUUUUUUUUUUUUUUUUUUUUUGCGAUUUUUUUCACUUCUAUUUUCGCUUUCAGGAAUUGGGGGUUGCUCUUCUUCCUCCCAUCUCUUUUGGGUUCACUGUUUUUUGGCUUCGUGGGCAAUCCAGAGGGGAGAGAAAGCGAGAGAUUUCUCAAGAGAAUGUCGAAGAAGAAAGCUUUCAGCGGCAAUACCAUGACCCUCAAGGACUUCCAUGGCGGCUCCAUCCCAAGCGAUCUUCCCCUACCUUCUGCUCCGGGCGGAAUUGUCAGGCCUACGGAUCGUUCUGGUUAUGAUAGGGCAACCUCCUGGGGGAAUCCGAUUGGGCGGUCGGAUCACAGGGCCCGGCCAAACUCGUCACCGGCAAUUAGGCAUUUUGAUGAUAAAACUCCAUUUUUGACUCACACAGCACAUAUUGGUCGUAACUUUGAUGAGGAUGAACGGAAGCCAUUGGAAGGGGGUUCAGCUCCUCGGAGAACAGUUAGUGAUGAGAGCUUUCGGGUUCCAGCUAGUCGUGUUGAGUCUUUGUCUAUUGGGAAGGGGUCAAGUCGAAAUGGUUCAGCUCCAGUGUCACCAAUGACUGGCGGAGCUGUGAAUUCCAACUCCGGUAGAGUAACUGGGGCUAAUCAGAUUGGUGUGAGCUCUCAGAAUUCCGUUGGCAAUGCUGGGCAGGCUGUUUCUGGGUCCUAUCCAAAUGCAUGGACAACAAGGAAGGAGGUGGUGAUGAGUGCAACUGAGCAAGUGCAAUCUGCUUGGUCUGAACAAAGUGCUGUGUCCAAGUUGGCUCAUGCGAGUGCACUUGAAAAGGUCUCUUCUGGCAGGUGGCAGUCAAAUCAGUCUGUUCAUUAUCAGAAAGAUGAUGAGAUUAUUAAGUAUUCUGAAGAAAAUAGUUUUCAGUCCAAGGGUUAUGAUGAUAAUAGGUACAGUGGGAGGGAAUAUUCUGAUACAAUGGUGACAAGGGAUGUGGAUAGGAGUAUGAACAUUGUGGAUUGGAAGCAGGUUAGUGGAAAGGAAUUGCUGGACUAUGAGAGGAGUUGUAAUCCGAGUUAUUUGGAAGUUAAGGAGAGGGAAUUGGAGGCUCAUGGUGAAGGAGCUCAGCCAGCUCGCUUGGAUGGCAAAUUUGGUGCCUCUGAAGUGCAGCAUUUGGUCCCAUCUGAAGCAUCAGAACGUCCUAAGUUGAGAUUACUCCCACGAACCAAGCCAUUGGAUAAUUUAGAGUCCCCUAUUAUUGAUCCUAAGCAGGUCCAGCAGCGGCUGAGUGACUCUGUUCUUAGCCAUGCAGAAACUGGUAAUGAUUCACAGGGAAACCCUGCAAAACCAGGUUCAUCUGGCAGUGAGAGUGUGAACCAGGCAAUGGAUCGCCCAAGGCUGAAUUUGAAGCCGCGAUCACAAACUAUUGAACAAUUGGAGGGGAAUGUCAAAAAGGAAAGAAAUUUGUUGUUUGGUGGUGCUCGUCCACGUGAAAUGGUUCUGAAAGAGAGGGGGAUUGAUGAUGUUUCUUUCAGCAACCAUGGGUCAGGUCAGCAUCAUGAUAGAGUCAAACAUGAUGGUCCCAAGGUUGAGAAAGUUCCUGAGCAAGCAGCUGUAUAUCAACGUGGUGAAAAAACUGAGAAGCUUCCUUAUGAUCAGAGAACUGGAAGGAAAUCUGAGAUGAAUCAUCGGAUGGAUGUUGAAAGAGUUGAUAUGCAGAGGAAGAACUGGCGUAAUGAAAACCGGAGGAAUGUACGGGAGACUGAGAGGCAGCAACAGCAGCAGGAGAGGCAACUGUCACCUGAGACCUGGCGCAAGCCUGUUGAGGAGCCUAGACCAGCCUCUCCUGAUACUACUGGCCUGCGUUAUGGAAAAGCAGCUUCAGCUGUGGAGCUUGCUCAAGCCUUCUCAAAAUCAAGAUCUGAGACAGAUGAACGAUAUUGUGGGUCAAGAGGCCUCCCUGGCAGGACCCAAAUUCCUUUUUCUCGCCUUAUGGGUCCAACCUCAAGACCUCAGAUAAAUGGCUACUAAUUUUUGGGUGGUAAGAUUGCCUACUUCAGAAGUUAGAAGAUUGUGUUACCGAUAACUGGAUGCAUGCAAGCAAUCCCCAGUUAUACCUGUACUAUCGUUAUUCAUUAGCAAAACUGUGAAUGCAUGUGCCUUUUUUUUUUUCCUGGAAAAUAUUUGGCAUACAAAAGUCCUUUCUGUCAAAAUUCCUGAUUUUUUUUUCU